AAGGAUAGCCGGGAGCUAGACAUGCCGCUUUGUGGACAACGACUCCCAUUGUUAGGGCGGAGAGACAUGUAUCUUCUCAGUAUAUCCAUAAUCUUUGAUUAAAUUUAAGGAAACUGGAAUUAGAAGCUAAAAAAAUUAAAUAUGUUUCAUGCAACUGGGCCCAGAGUUCUCGCUGAAACUGCCUCAGACACAUGCGAAGCAGUAUCACGCGAGAACUCGAUGUAAACAAACAAAUCUGUGUGGUUCGAAAUCGGGCUUUGUGUCAUGGUGAGCACGUUCACGACAGAAUCAUUGUCUGUUGUUUUGACUCAUGCAAAUAAAAUGUAGCUGUUGAUCAAAUAUAGCAAUUUCAUAAUCACCCCCAAAAUAAUCUGCGCGGAUUCCUCAAUAUUAUCCUGGGACGACAGGGUAUUAUUAUUCACUCUGAUUGGUCGAGGACCUACAACACCCGCCUCUGUCGUACACUGAUUGGCUUGGUGAACGCAGCGAGGAUGCUACCAUUGGUCUCUUUAACUCUUCCACGUCUUUCCUACUGUUUUAUGGCAAUUGUUUAGGAGAUUCGUUGAACUAACAAGCUAGCUAGACAACACACUAGGAUAAAGACUUGGAGACAGAAUGGCAUCAGAAUCUCCGCGCAGACCAAGCCGCUGUGCUGGAGGGGUUGUGGUGCGAGCACAAGCUGCCACUGAGCAGUCGUAUAUGGAGAGUGUUGUGACCUUCCUCCAAGAUGUGGUCCCUCAGGCAUACAGUGGCGCACCCCCAAGUGAUGAAAAAGAGAAAAUAGUUUGGGUCAGAUUUGAGAAAGCUGACAUCAAUGAUACGUCCCGCUCCCCAGAGUUCCUGGAGAUGCACAGUGGCAGCAGUGACCCUCCCCUCUGCCUCAUGAUUGGUUACGCAGACGGGAUGCAGAUCUGGAGCAUAUCCCUGGGUGGGGAGGCCCAGGAGCUUUUCUCUGUGCGCCACGGACCUGUGAGAGCUGCCCACAUCCUGCCAGCGCCCCAUAUCAGUCCGCUGAUGAUUGAUAGUUUUGCGGACAAAAGGCCUCUCCUGGGGGUGUGCAAGAGUACCGGGUCCUCGGGGACCAGCCCCCCAUACUGCUGUGUGGACCUGUACUCUCUGAGGACAGGGGAGAUGGUCAAGUCCAUCCAGUUCAAGACGCCCAUCUACGACCUGCACUGCAAUAGGGAGAUUCUAGUUGUCGCCCUGCAGGAGAAGAUUGCUGCAUUCGACAGCUGUACCUUCACCAAAAAGUUCUUUGUUACAAGCUGCUUUCCAUGUCCGGGCCCCAACCUAAACCCCAUAGCACUGGGAGGACGCUGGCUAGCCUACGCUGAGAAUAAGUUGAUCCGGUGUCACCAGUCUCGAGGCGGUGCCUGUGGGGACAAUGCCCAGUCUUACACAGCAACAGUCAUCAGCGCUGCUAAAACUGGUCUCACCAUGGUGGGGAAGGUGGUGACCCAGCUAGCUGGUACUCUACCCACUGGCGCCCCAGACGAGGAGGGUGCUACCCCCCACAGCACCACCCGCCGAAGCCCCCAUGCCCCCGGAGUAAUCACCGUCAUAGACACACACAACGUCGGAGAGGGACAGACCCAACACAGGAGCCCACCAACCAACCCCACACACGUACCUGACAGUACCUCGGGGCCUAAGGUCCUGGUGAGUGAGGACUCAGAUGGAGAGGGAGUGGUGGCCCACUUCCCAGCCCAUGACAAACCCAUAUCCUGCAUGGAAUUCAACCCCAGCGGUAUGCUGUUGGUGACUGCAGACACCCUGGGCCAUGACUUCCAUGUGUUCCAGGUCCUCACACACCCCUGGGCCUCCAAUCAGUCUGCUGUCCACCACCUCUACACACUUCACCGUGGAGAGACUGAGGCCAAGGUCCAGGACAUCUGUUUCAGCCAGGACAGUCGCUGGGUGGUGAUCAGCACACUGCGUGGCACCUCCCACGUCUUUCCCAUCAACCCCUACGGUGGCGCGCCCUGCGCCCGCACACACAUGUCCCCCCGGGUGGUCAACCGCAUGUCCCGCUUCCAGAAGAGUGCAGGGCUAGAGGAGAUAGAGAAUGAACUGAACAGCAAGCAGGCUGGAGGAGGGAGAUGCAGCCCCAUCCCCGGGCUCUCCAGCAGCCCCUCGGGGUCCCCGCUACACGCUAAACUCACCAGCCAGGAGUCGUACAACAACUUCACCAACAACAACAUGGGUAACCCUCGUCUGUCCCCUCUGCCCAGCCUCACCAUAGUGCUGCCCCUGGCACAGAUCAAACAGCCCAUGACCCUGGGCACCAUGACCAAGCGCUCCGGACCUUACCUCUUUGGGGCAGGAUGUUUUGCCAUUAAAACUCCAUGCAAAGCCAAGCCUCCCCCUCAGAUCUCCCCCAGUAAGUCCAGUGGAGGAGAGUUCUGUGUGGCUGCUGUCUUUGCUGCCUCACGCUCCUGGUACAUGACCAACCCCAACAUGAAGAGAGAGAAAGACCAGUCCAGCCGGGCAGUGGUGGAAUCCCUCUACAUCCUCAGUUGCUAUGGCACCCUGGUGGAGCACGUCCUGGAGCCUCGGCCAAUCAGCACGGCCCAGAAGAUCAGCGAUGACACACCCCUGGAGCUCAACACAUGUCCACGGGCCUGCUGGAGCCUGGCCAGGACUCCACUGUGGAAUGAGCUGCAGCCUCCCUUUCUCUCCAACCACCCUCUGGUGCUGGCCUCUGACCUGGUGCAAUAUUACCAAUACCUCCUGGCUGGAUUGGUGCCUCCUGGAAGCCCUGGCCCUAUCACACGCCACGAGUCUUACGACAGCCUGACGUCGGACCACAGUGGACAGGAGGAUGAGGAGUGGCUCUCACAGGUGGAGAUAGUCACCCACACAGGGCCUCACCGUCGGCUGUGGAUGGGUCCUCAGUUCCAGUUUAAGACCAUUCACCCAUCUGGUCAGACUACGGUCAUCUCCUCCUCUUCCUCCGUGCUGCAGUCCCAGGGCCCCAGCGACAUUCAACAGCCUCUGUUAGACUUCCACACUGAUGACCUGGACCUACACAGUCUCAGGAUCCAGCCCGUGCGUUCUGAGCCGGUCAGCAUGCCUGGUUCCUCUCGGCUGGUGGCUGAACGGAGGGGACAGGGGACGGUCAUUGAUAUAGGAUCGGGAACGUUUGACCGCAGUGUGACCCUGCUGGAGGUGUGUGGAAGUUGGCCAGAGAGCUUUGGCCUGCGUCACAUGAGCUCUGUGGAGUCCACCGAGGAGGGGCUGAGAGAGAGGCUGGCAGACGCCAUGUCAGAGUCACCAUCCAGAGACAUAGUGGGCUCGGCUACCGACCAACCCAGCGAGGGGGUAAUGAAGAGGGACACUCGCCACCACACUCUCUCUCAGACCAACCCAGCGAGGGGGUAAUGAAGAGGGACACUCACCACAACACUCUCUCUCUCUCUCAGACCAACCCAGCGAGGGGGUAAUGAAGAGGGGCACUCACCACCACACUCUCUCUCUCUCAGACCAACCCAGCGAGGGGGUAAUGAAGAGGGACACUCGCCACCACACUCUCUCUCUCUCAGACCAACCCAGCGAGGGGGUAAUGAAGAGGGACACUCACCACCACACUCUCUCUCUCUCUCAGACCAACCCAGCGAGGGGGUAAUGAAGAGGGACACUCACCACCACACUCUCUCUCAGACCAACCCAGCGAGGGGGUAAUGAAGAGGGACACUCACCACCACACUCUCUCUCUCUCAGACCAACCCAGCGAGGGGGUAAUGAAGAGGGACACUCACCACCACACUCUCUCUCAGACCAACCCAGCGAGGGGGUAAUGAAGAGGGACACUCGCCACCACACUCUCUCUCUCUCAGACCAACCCAGCGAGGGGGUAAUGAAGAGGGGCACUCACCACCACACUCUCUCUCUCUCAGACCAACCCAGCGAGGGAGUAAUGAAGAGGGGCACUCGCCACCACACUCUCUCUCAGACCAACCCAGCGAGGGGGUAAUGAAGAGGGACACUCACCACCACACUCUCUCUCUCUCAGACCAACCCAGCGAGGGGGUAAUGAAGAGGGACACUCACCACCACACUCUCUCUCUCUCAGACCAACCCAGCGAGGGGGUAAUGAAGAGGGACACUCACCACCACACUCUCUCUCAGACCAACCCAGCGAGGGGGUAAUGAAGAGGGACACUCACCACCACACUCUCUCUCUCUCUCAGACCAACCCAGCGAGGGGGUAAUGAAGAGGGGCACUCGCCACCACACUCUCUCUCUCUCAGACCAACCCAGCGAGGGAGAAAUGAAGAGGGACACUCACCACCACACUCUCUCUCAGACCAACCCAGCGAGGGGGUAAUGAAGAGGGACACUCGCCACCACACUCUCUCUCAGACCAACCCAGCGAGGGGGUAAUGAAGAGGGACACUCACCACAACACUCUCUCUCUCUCUCAGACCAACCCAGCGAGGGGGUAAUGAAGAGGGACACUCACCACCACACUCUCUCUCUCUCAGACCAACCCAGCGAGGGGGUAAUGAAGAGGGACACUCACCACCACACUCUCUCUCUCUCAGACCAACCCAGCGAGGGGGUAAUGAAGAGGGGCACUCACCACCACACUCUCUCUCUCUCAGACCAACCCAGCGAGGGGGUAAUGAAGAGGGACACUCACCACCACACUCUCUCUCUCUCUCAGACCAACCCAGCGAGGGGGUAAUGAAGAGGGGCACUCGCCACCACACUCUCUCUCAGACCAACCCAGCGAGGGGGUAAUGAAGAGGGACACUCACCACCACACUCUCUCUCUCUCAGACCAACCCAGCGAGGGGGUAAUGAAGAGGGGCACUCGCCACCACACUCUCUCUCAGACCAACCCAGCGAGGGGGUAAUGAAGAGGGACACUCACCACCACACUCUCUCUCUCUCAGACCAACCCAGCGAGGGGGUAAUGAAGAGGGACACUCACCACCACACUCUCUCUCUCUCAGACCAACCCAGCGAGGGGGUAAUGAAGAGGGACACUCACCACCACACUCUCUCUCAGACCAACCCAGCGAGGGGGUAAUGAAGAGGGACACUCACCACCACACUCUCUCUCUCUCAGACCAACCCAGCGAGGGGGUAAUGAAGAGGGACACUCACCACCACACUCUCUCUCUCUCAGACCAACCCAGCGAGGGGGUAAUGAAGAGGGGCACUCGCCACCACACUCUCUCUCAGACCAACCCAGCGAGGGGGUAAUGAAGAGGGACACUCGGUGUGUAGUGUAUCAUGUUUCACAGCACCCUGAUCUAUAGCAGGUCCAUACAAACAGUACAAGCUCUUUACCAGGGUGAGAGAGAUGAGUGGAAGGAAUGAGGAGAAGAGAGGGAGAGAGAUGAGUGGAAAGAAUGAGGAGAAGAGAGGGAGAGAGAUGAGUGGAAGGAAUGAGGAGAAGAGAGGGAGAGAGAUGAGUGGAAGGAAUGAGGAGAAGAGAGGGAGAGAGAUGGAGAGGGGUGAUUGUAUUUCCAUGCAGCAGUCCUGGUGUAAUGAGGUCUGAUUGGAGAUGAAGCAGUCCACCGUUUAUCUGCCGACCCGUGUGUGUGUGUGUGUGUGUGUGUGUGUGUGU